UGUAUACAUACUUUCGAAACGAAACGUACAGAUCACAUUUCACAAGCUCCGAUGCCGGAAUUUAAAGCCGCAGCUCACGUGCACGUGGGCAUUAUGUGCUAAUCUUCAAGAACUUCGGUGAGGUAUUUUUGCUUCGAAGCUGUGAAUUGAUAUAACUAGUAGUGACCGGGCGUUCAACGUUGUAAACACUGAAACUGCUCUCUGAGAAUCUCAUACGGGCCAUCAUAUAGGCUAUAGCCAGCUUUUGACGACUGGCAAGGAUACCCACUCUCCUAUCCACAUAUCCGUCUGUUUCAACUGGACUCCUCGAAUAACUAACAUAUUCAAGUUCAUGGCACAAGAUAACAUAGAUCCCUAUUUGGUACAAUUUGCACCAGACGACAAGGAGAAUCCAAAGAACUGGAGCAGGCGGAGACGUUGGUAUCUCACAUAUUUUGCGGGGUUAUUAGGAUUUAAUGCCACAUUCGCUUCUUCAGCGCCUUCCGGCAUUGCUACCCAACUGAUGGCUCAGUUCAAGCUCUCUGAAGAGGUUGCUGCAUUGACGAUCUCACUUUUCGUAGCGGGGUAUUGCGUCGGACCCCUUUUCUGGGGCCCACUAUCGGAGCAGGUAGGCCAACUCUCUUCAUGGAACAAGAUUUUCUUGACGAGGGUGAUAUUCCUUGUCACCUUUCCGGUAUACGUUUGUUUCCAAGUUGGUUGUGCACUAUCGAAGAAUACAGCAUCCAUUAUUGUAUUUCGUUUGCUCGGCGGUCUGUUCGCCGCCGCGCCGUUAACCAACAGCGGUGCGUUGAUAUCAGACAUUUGGGAUGCAAAAACGCGAGGGAAAGCGUUGGCUCUAUUCACCCUUGCACCUUUUGUUGGACCAGCCCUUGGACCACUGGUUGGGGGCUAUAUUGCUCAGUCGGGGACGCCAUGGCCUUGGUUGUUUUGGGUUCUCACCAUAUUCGCUGCAGUGUGUUUUGUGCUGAUCUACUUUACUCUACCGGAGACAUAUGCUCCAAUUGUCCUUCUGCACAGAGCGAAGCAGCUUCGUUUGGAAACGGGCGACGAGCGAUAUCAUGCACCUCUGGAGCUGGUCCAACAAAAGCAGCUACACAAGCGACUUGAAGAUAGCCUCGCUAGGCCAUUUAAAAUUCUCAUUUGCGAACCAAUGCUCAUCGCAGUCACCGCUUACAUGAGUUUCGUCUAUGGAUGUGUGUACCUGUUGUUCGAAGCAUAUCCUGUAGUGUUCACGGGAGGACACACGUUUUCAGCCAGGUAUUUUGCUACGUUUAGAACUCAAAUUGUAUUUAUCUUUGCCCUAGGGGAUUUGGGGUUGACUUACCUACCUCUGGUCGCGGGCAGCAUAUUGGGCGUUUUUGGAUAUCUCUUGAUAUUUCACCCUCAGUACGAGGCAGCGAUGGAUAGGCACAAAGCAGGACUGGUUUCUCCAGAGAUACGUCUUAAUCUGGCUAUGUCUGGGGCGCCCCUAUUCGCCAUCACCUUCUUUUGGUUCGGAUGGACAUCCUAUCCAUCCAUUUCAUACUGGGCGCCAAUGAUGGCAGGUGCUUUAAUGGGACUCUCUUCGAUUUGGAUCUUUGUAAGAACUUUCUUUCAUUUUUGUAUAGACGUCUAUCUCAUUGCUGCUGCAUCUGCCCUUGCUGCGAACACUGUUUUUAGAAGUGCUGCAGGCGCUGUGUUUCCUCUAUUUGCGUCACAGAUGUACACUGCCCUUGACCCACGAUGGGCUUCAACUUUACUUGGCUGUAUUGCCUGCAUGAUGAUUCCCAUCCCUAUUGUGCUGAAACGCUAUGGACCCACAUUGCGUGCCAGGUCUCGGUUUGCUCCUGCGCUUGUUUAAGAUGAAUGCACCGCUUUUACUCCCCAGGACGUUUCCAUAGUGCUGUUGAUGAAGUUUUCAAUUUUAUCAGCACAUACAUUUCCGUUGGACAAUCUAGCUGAACUCUAUACUAGAGUCGGGGAAUACGUUAUAUUUUUCUGAUGCAUGGGGGUUUGACCCCAUGUAGUAUAUAUUGGAGCGAUAUAUCCGCGACUAUGUGC